AUGCAUUCAUCUGAGCAGCCUAAACAGGAAUUUUACUCAAGGAAACUCAAGAAGGAACAUUGCCACACCAUCCUGUUCAACACCCUCAAUCGUACAGACAGCUGUGCUCUGGGGGCAGAUGACUGGAGCUCUGGGACCCACAGCUGUCUCUGUGAGCAGCAAUGAUUUGUGUGCUUGAGAAACCCAGAGAGAACCUGCCAGGCAGCCAAUGAAGUGUUACUAAAAAACAUUUUUCAUAGGAACCACCUGUCAGGUUUGGAUCAGUUUUUACUUCAUAGGAGUCACUGGGUCCCGCUCAUCAUCCUGGGUCUCGCACAAGAGCACGUAACAUUCGAGGUGGCCAAUUUCCCCACAAGGAGCUUCCUUUGCAAGAUCUUGCUGCAGGACCAAAAUGAUGACAACAAACAUUGUCUAAGAAACCUGGCAGCAGUGCAGAAUCUCAGAUCAUGCUUGGACAAACUCUGGAGGCUUGAUCUCACUCCUAAAGAAUAUGUGCAUCUCAAGGAUACAAUAUUAUUUAACCCAGAUGUUCCUGGGCUGAUGAACUGCAAGCUCAUUGAGAAGCUUCAUAGGGAAUCUCAGCAACUUCUCCAUCAAGUCAUUUACACACUUCAUCCACAGGACCACAGUCGACUGCCCAGUGUCCUGCUAACAGCUUCGUCACUACACACCGUAGCUCAAAACUUUGUUGAACUGUUUUUCUCACGUGUGAUUGGUCAGAUAAACAUUUUUUUCAGUACACCUCAGUCUUUACUCCACUAGUCUUAGUUAUUAGUAAAGAGCAAGCCAGAGGUGACAUGGUGAGGAAAACCCACCUGAGAUGAAACCUUGAGAAGAACCAGAUUCAAAAUGCAAAAUGCUACAUGCAUACCUUAUCAAUCAAUCAAUCAAUCAAUCAAUCAAUCAAUCAAUCAAUCAAUCAAUCUCUCUCUCUCUCUUUCUCUCUCACAUCCAUCCUGAUGCCCUACCCCUGGUUGGAGUCUCAUCUCUUAGUGGUCAUUCUACUGGUGAUAGAUUUGCACAGACAGCCCUUGACCCAUGGGUUGGCAUCUUUGUGCUCAGGUCUUCAUCAGUGAAUAUUUGAAGUUAAGUUAAGAAUUAGUGUUAAGUCUGUAAUGGACUCAGUAAUGAACACUGACCUGUUAGUUCAUCAGGAGCUCUUGGUUACACAAUUCCACUGGACUAUACACUGUUGUAGAAAUGACUAUUAACAUUGACAUUAUUUCCUGUCCAGUGUCAAUCAAAUGAGGAUGAGAAAACCACUCAUAACCACUCAUAACCACUGAGCUACCGGCAGACUGGAUGAUAUAGAGUGAGCGUGAUUAACACAAAAAACUCACGUGUGACGUCUCAUGAGGACGUUGGUGCGAGUGUGUUGCUUUUGAAUCGUGUUGUAUGAAAUCUAAUUGUGUUAAUGUUUUAAUGUCAUUCGGUUCAAACACCUCGAACACCUAUUAAUUUGAGUUCAGUCGAUUCAACAAGCUUUUUUUUUCCAGGUAUCAGAUUUUCUUGUCAUGCUGCAUGUUUUGUGAGAAAAAGCUGUAAAGUGAAGUGGAAAUUACUGGAGAUGUUUAAAUUGUGACUAAAUAAUGAAUGACCUAAAGCACUUAUGUAUUUAGGUCCUUAAUACUUACGUACUAUGCAUUCAUUUUCUCCUGACUUAAACUCGUCAGACCAGUUGAGCGUGUGUGUAUGUGUGUGUGUAUAUGUGUGUGUUUGUGUGUAUGUAUGUGUUUGUGUGUGUGUGACUCUGCAGGCGACCAUGUUACGUAUCUGAGUGUUAGUUUAUCCCUUGCUGCGUGUGGUUUAGUCUCCUUGUAUAAUCCUGUACAGUCACUGAGACACACUGGGUUCCAGUAUCCCAUCCUUAUUCUA